UACUGCAAUUUGAUGGUUUGGUGACAAAAAAUUGUAAAGAAUUAAAAUCUGUGUUAAUUUUUGCUGCGUAGUAAUAAUUUACAGUCUUAAAAACAUUUUUUUCAUCUAGGGUGCAGCGGUAGUUACGAGAAAGAUCGAUGAAUAAAAUCAAUUAAUUUCGAGUGGUGAUCCAUACCACUAAACUGUAAAGAUGGCAGAAGUGGAUCCAGAGACAUUACUGGAGUGGCUGCUGACUGGGCAGGGUGAUGAACGUGAUAUGCAACUCAUUGCUCUUGAACAGCUGUGUAUGCUUCUACUAAUGUCUGAUAAUGUUGACAGGUGUUUUGAAAGCUGUCCACCAAGAACAUUUCUUCCAGCUUUGUGCAAGAUUUUUUUGGAUGAAUGUGCACCAGAUAAUGUUUUAGAAGUUACUGCAAGAGCUAUCACGUACUAUCUGGAUGUGUCUGCUGAGUGUACAAGGCGCAUUGUAGCAAUUGAGGGAGCUGUGAAGGCUAUAUGCAACAGACUGUUGACAGUUGACCCCAAUAAUCGGACAAGCAAAGAUCUAGCCGAGCAAUGUAUAAAGGUCUUGGAACUUGUUUGCACUCGAGAAGCCGGUGCUGUAUGGGAAGGUGGUGGUUUACCUGCUGUUUUGCAUUUUAUUACAAACCAUGGUACCUCAGUGCAUAAGGAUACACUACAUUCAGCCAUGGCUGUGGUUUCCAGGGUGUGCGGUAAGAUGGAGCCCGGUGACGCUCGCGUAGGUGACGCGGUGUCGUCGUUAUCAAUGCUCCUGCGUCACAGCGACGCGCGGGUGGCGGACGCAGCGCUGCGCUGCUUCGCCUCGCUCGCCGACAGGUUUGCACGCGCCCAUGCCGACCCGGCGCCGUUGGCUGAACACGGCCUAAUUGAAGAAUUAGUACGACGUUUGGGAAGCACAGAGAGUGGAGAUGAUAAAUGUCUCACCUCAGCUGUAUCCACUACAGUCAGUCUCCUUUCGACGCUAUGUCGCGGAUCGGCGCAGAUCACCCAUGAUUUGGUUCGGUUGGAAUUAUGUUCAGCCAUUGAAAAGGCAGUUCAAGCAGAUGAGCGUUGGUGCUUAGAAUGUAUGCGAUUGGUCGACUUAUUACUAGUACUGCUCUGUGAAGGAAGGCACGCCAUUGCGACGGGUGCGAACCGUAAUGUCGGUUCAUCAUCGGGCGCGCGGUCCACGGAGGCGAGUCGCGGCGGAGAGCGCUCGCACCGGCAGCUCAUCGACUGCAUCCGCGGGAAGGACACAGACGCGCUGCUGUCGGCCGUGUCCAGCGGCGCCGUGGAUGUCAACUUCACCGACGACGUCGGCCAGACGCUGCUCAACUGGGCCGCCGCCUUCGGCACCAAGGAGAUGGUCGAGUUCCUGUGUGAGAAAGGAGCGGACGUAAAUCGAGGACAGCGUAGUUCAUCCCUUCACUAUGCGGCUUGUUUUGGUCGUCCCGCGAUUGCCAAGGUACUGCUUCGGUAUGGCGCCAAUGCGGAUUUGCGUGACGAGGACGGUAAAACCCCAUUAGACAAAGCGAGAGAGCGACACGAUCAAGGGCACAGGGAAGUGGCAGCAAUAUUGCAAUGUCCCGGAGAGUGGUUGGUUGUCGGCAACAGCGAGUCCCCGUCUCCGUCGACUGAUGAUGACUUUCCAGAGACUGGCGACAAAGAAAUGGCUGAGUUUUACUUAGAACGGCUGGUGCCGCUGUUCUGCGCGCGGUACGUGGGCGCGGGCGGCGGCGGCGUGCGGCGCGCCUGCCUGUCGCUGGUGCGCAAGAUGGUGCACUACGCGCCGCCGCGCCUGCUGCGGGACGCGCACCCCGCCGCGCUGCUCACCAACCUCGUCGCCGCCGUGCUCGACAACCAGGACGAGUACCCCGUCCGGAGGCCGCACCCGCGGUACCUGCGCAGUCGUUACAUUCGGCCGCCGGCGGAUGACGACGAUGGGCAUUUGACAGUUUUGGGCAUAUCCGAAGAGUUGAUGGCCAAGGCCGCCGACGUGUACUUGGAACAGUUCGCUCGGCUCGGCGUUUUCAGCAAAGUCGAAGCUCUCGCCAUCACACCCAUUCAGUAUGACAGCGAUGGCAGCUCGACUCCAGAGCUGAGCGGCGAGGACGCGUCGUGCUUGUCGAGCGGCGUCGCGUACUCGUGGGGCGAGUGGUCGCUGUGCCGCGGCCGCGACGCGCUGUACGCGUGGAGUGACGCCGCCGCGCUCGAGCUCAGCACCGGCAGCAACGGCUGGUUCCGCUUCCUACUCGACGGCAAGCUGGCCACCAUGUACUCCAGCGGCAGUCCCGAGCACCAGACCGACAACACUGAAAAUCGCGGAGAGUUCAUUGAAAAACUACAAAAGGCAAAAGCUUCGGUGAGAAACUUUAUCCCGCAGCCGAUCCUGUCGAAACCCGGUCCCAAUAAACUAGUUCUCGGGAAUUGGUCCUUAACAUGUGAAAAGGAAAAGGAGCUGCAUAUAUACAAUAUAGAUGGGCAGCAACAGACCACAAUAUUGAAAGAGGAUUUGCCGGGAUUUAUUUUUGAAUCAAAUAGAGGAACCAAACAUACAUUUACUGCAGAAACAUUUUUAGGUCCUGACAUCGCCAGUGGCUGGGCUGACAGAAGGUCAUUGCUUACCAAUAAUUCAACACCAACAAAACCUCGUUCUCGAAUAUCAGCAAAAACCGAAGCUCUUAAAGCACAAGUAUGUGAGCGAGCGCGUGCGCUGUACUCGCGGCACCUCGCGAGCGCAGUGACGCGCCAGCCGCGCCCGCCCGUCGCCCGCCUGCGCGCGCUGCUCGCCAGGAUGCAACGCAUCGCCACCCAGCCUUCCAAAGAUUGGCAACGAGAGCUCAACGAAUCGCUGGAUCAGCUGACCGAGUUGCUGUGUGGAGAUGAGCAUCUGUCUGCGUAUGAGUUACAGUCGUCUGGGUUAGCGCCUGCUCUACUACAGGUCCUCUCCCCACAGGUUAACGACGGUCCGGGCCACCUGUCGGAGCGCAGCCGCGUUGUGAGCGCGUGGAUGUGCCGGGCGUCGGGCGCGGCUGGCGCGGCGCUGGCCGAGCGGCUGGUGGCCGUGCUGGAGUCAGUGGAGCGGCUGCCGGUGCUCGCGCCGCACGACGCGCCGCCCGCCCCCGCCUCUGCCUUGCACCACCUCACUAAGCGCAUACGCUUGCGCGUCGAACGUGAAAGUGAUGAAAUCAGCGAAGACAGCAAUGCUAAUAAUAACAGCGGCCGUAACCUGAAAGUGGAAGCCCUCACUACCGUCCGUCAGCUAGAACGGUUCUUGGCCAAGUCCGUAGCGCGGCAGUGGUACGACAUGGAGCGGUCCACCUUCCUCUUCGUGCAAAAAAUAAAAACUGAAGCUCCUUUAAGCUUCACCUACGACCACGAUUUCGAUGAAAACGGCGUUCUGUACUUCAUCGGAACCAAUGCUGGCACUUGUGAGUGGGUGAACCCUGGCGCUCACGGGCUAGUCUACGUGUGGUCAUCAGACGGUAAACAGUUACCGUAUGGACGACCCGAAGAUGUGCUGUCGAGAUCUCCAGAACCACUCAACGUGCACACUAAUGACGACAGACGCGCUUUCAUUGCAUUGGACUUAGGCGUUCAUAUUGUACCAACCGCAUACACCUUACGUCACGCCCGUGGCUACGGGCAAUCAGCAUUGCGGAAUUGGCUUUUUCAAAUGUCAGUAGACGGCUUGACGUGGUGUACGUUGGUGGCACACACGGACGAGCAGGCGCUGCAGGAGCCGGGCAGCACGGCCACCUGGCGCCUCCGCACGGAUUCAUCCUAUCGAUAUCUUCGCAUACAGCAAAACGGAAAAAAUGCGAGCGGUCAAAAAUACUACCUUUCACUCUCCGGGCUAGAGAUCUACGGAAAGGUGACAGGAGUGGUGGAGACGGCGCCACGACAAAGCGGUGCCCCGCAUCAGACCACGGGCACGACGGCGAGCAGCGCAUGUAACAACGCUACCGCGGCGAACAACACGAACAACGCCGGCAUGGCGGGCGGCGGCGGCGGCGCGCGGGCGCGGCGGUGGUCGCGCGGCCGCGGCGUGUGUGCGGGCGCGCGCGUCUCCCGCGGCCCCGACUGGAAGUGGCGCGACCAGGACGGGCCGCACCCCGCACUCGGCACUCUCACUUCCGAACUGCACAACGGGUGGGUCGAUGUCAGGUGGGACCACGGAGUUCGCAAUUCGUAUCGCAUGGGUGCAGAGGGAAAGUUCGACUUGAAAGUUGUGAGCGGUGGUACUGUCAUCGAAAGUUCAAAAGCCAGCCGGAAGAGUCACUCAACUCCCAGUUUGCCUGACGCCACUUCUGUCGAUCAGGUAUCAGUAGCGUCGACGGAACAGGCCUCGUCAGCGGACAAUAUAUCGAGUGAAGAGAUGGUCAGUAAUAUGUCAAGACCCCGUACGCACGCCACAGAUCUCUCUGCCAUUAAUAAUUCGACGCAUCAUAUAAACUCUGUGUUUGACAUAGAUCUCGCGACAAUAGUGGAGUCAUUGACGUUGGGCGCCGAAAGUAACAAUUGCAUCACCGAGUUGGGGAAUACAUCGUUUACCAACAUGGAAAUGGGACCUACGAGCAUUACGGAUAUCACCAAACCUUAUCCCGCCAAAGAGCCGUUACCCGAAUCCAGUGCACACGAGUGCGACGAAAAUGAAGCCGGGGAAAGUCAAUACGGUGAUAAUAAGAAGGAAAGUCAGUCCGGUUCGGGCACCAUGAGCGCUAGCGAACCUGAUUUGACGCAGCAGGGCACAGGACGCCUGUUGGAGUCGCUGGGCGUGGGCCGCGGCAACAGUGCAGGACGAGGCAGCAACGUGCCGCGCUCGAACCGUAACAAUCAUUCCUCUGGUCUCCUACCUAGUUUGGUGCGUUUAGCGUUGUCGAGCAACUUCCCCGGCGGGCUGCUGUCGGCGGCGCAGAGCUACCCCUCGCUGUCGUCCAACGCGCAGAACGCGCUCACGCUGUCGCUCACAUCCACGUCCAGCGAAAGCGAACAGGUCUCAUUAGAAGACUUUUUGGAGUCUUGUCGUGCUCCCGCGUUGUUGACAGAGUUGGAAGAUGAUGAAGACGGUGAUGAGGCGCUGGACAGCGACAAAGAGAACGAACCCACUUACCAGGAGGUAGUCAGUAAACUUUUGGUAUCUCGUAAUUUGCUCUCUCUGAUGGAGGAAGAAGCUUUAGAGGCUCUACGUGGCAGCUCGGGAUCUGGACAAAACAAUCGCUCGCGCCGACCCUGGGACGACGACUUCGUGCUCAAGCGACAGUUCUCAGCGCUCAUACCGGCCUUCGAUCCUCGCCCGGGAAGAACGAAUCUCAACCAAACUGUCGAUCUCGAAAUACCUCUGAACGAGGAGUCCGAAGAGGAGGAGAGUUGGGAAGAAGUGCCAGAGAACGUCGGCGGCGGCGCGACUAGCGAGACCGGUCGCGCCCCGGCGCUGCGCCUGGUACUGAGCGCGGGCGGGGCCUCGCUGCCGCUGGCGCGCGGCUCCUGGACGCUGUACCGCGCCGUGCUGCUGCUGCACGCCCGCCUGCCGCACGCAGACCUCCAUCGAGAUACCACAUACACUUUAACAUACAAGGAGGUGGAGGGUUCAGAGGGCGCAUUUGCUUCGAGUGACACUGAAGAUGAUGAACCUAAUGAUCCAGAAGGCGGUAUAGUGGGUGCAGAGGGGAGCGAGGGCGGCAUGGCCACGAGCUGCGUGCGCGUGCUGCGGCGCCUGCGAGCGGCCGCGCCCGAGCUGCCCGCCGAGCCCUUCCUCUCCACCAAGCUCACCAACAAGCUGCAUCUCCAGCUGCAGGAGCCGCUCGCGCUCGCCGCCGCCGCCACUCCGCAUUGGUGUCAGCAACUGAUCGAUUGGUGUCCAUUUCUGUUUCCACUCGAAACAAGACAAAUGUUUUUCGCAUGCACCGCGUUUGGAACGUCCCGGACCAUCGUCUGGCUGCAAGCGCAACGUGACCGUGCUUUGGACAGACAGAGAGCGACCAACACGGUGUCACCGCGCCGAGCGGAGCUGGAAGCGACUGAAUUCCGCAUGGGUCGCCUCAGACACGAGCGCGUUCGGAUUCCGAGAGAUCCCGACAUGCUGCGUUCUGCUAUUCAGGUGAUGCGAGUGCACGCGAGUCGCAAGUCUGUAUUAGAGGUGGAAUUCGCGGGCGAGGAGGGCACUGGUCUCGGGCCCACGCUGGAGUUCUACGCGCUGGUGGCGGCCGAGCUGCAGCGCGCCGACCUCGCCCUGUGGCUGCACGACGCGCCGCUGCACGUCGAUGACGACGCGCCGCUGCACCUCAUGCAGCCCACAGAAAAGCCACCCGGUUACUACGUGAGCCGGCCCGGUGGCCUGUUUCCGGCUCCACUUCCGCAAGAAUCCCCUAUCUGUGAUAAAGUGUGCAAAUAUUUCUGGUUUUUAGGAGUAUUUUUAGCUAAGGUAUUACAAGACGGCCGACUAGUUGACUUGCCUCUGUCAGAGCCGUUCUUACGUAUAAUGUGUGGUGAAGAGUUAACGAAAGAGAAUUUACAAGAAAUCGAUCCCAUUAGACAUAGAUUCUUAGAGAAGAUGCUCGAAGCAGCCGAGGGGUACGACAAAAUAAUGCGUGAUGAAUCCUUGGACGAGAACGAGAAGCAGAAACGUGUCAGUGAGUUAAAUNUAGACGGCGCCGCUUUUGAAGAAUUGUCUUUAACUAUGACGCACAUCGCACCCAACGUCGACCCCGCUGUCGCCGUGCAACCGCUCUGUGAUGGCGGAGAACAUAUCGAGGUGGGCGCGCACAACGCUCGUCUGUACGCGGAGUGGAGCGCGCGCUGGAUGGUGUCGGCGGGCGUGCGGCGCCAGGUGGCGUGGUUCAAGCGCGGGUUCGCACGCGUGUUCCCGCCGCGACGCCUGCGGGCCUUCUCUCCUUCCGAGCUGCGCCUGCUGCUCUGCGGGGAACGCGGCCCCGUCUGGACCAGGGAACAUCUGCUGCAGUAUACCGAACCUAAACUCGGAUACACCAGAGAUAGUCCGGGAUUCCUUCGUCUGGUUGACGUUCUGGUUGAGAUGUCGAUCUGCGAGCGUAAAGCAUUCCUGCAGUUCGCGACGGGAUGCAGCAGCCUGCCGCCCGGCGGACUUGCCAACCUACAUCCUCGACUCACGGUUGUACGGAAGGUCGACGCCGGAGAUGGAUCGUACCCUUCAGUGAACACCUGCGUGCACUACCUGAAGUUGCCCGAGUAUUCGUGUAAGGAAGUGCUACGCGAACGUUUACUGGCCGCGACCAACGAGCGCGGCUUUCAUUUAAAUUAAUUCCUAAUAAUAUAAUCGUGUUUAUAUCAAAAUAUAUUGUAACUAUAUUUGAACAUUUACACGCAUCAAUGCUGCACUUUGCCUUUAUAUACUCCUGAUUUUUAAGUAAUGUCGAAAAUUAAUUCAAAGCUGUCCCGUUUUGUUACUCUUACUGAAAUAAUGUGCUUGAAUAUAAUACAAUUGUAUUUAAUAGUUCAAAUUCUUUAAAUUAAGCUGCUAUUACAUUUUAUCCAAAUUAAAAUACACAAAUAUGUGAGUAAGAUGGCUAAAGAUUGAAUUGAUUAAAUGAGUAAAAUUCAAUUUAAUUAACAACAAUUUGUAACAUGCCUACAAGAAAUGUUUUCAAUAUAUCGAUUCUGGAAAUAGUAUGUAUUUAAAUGAAAGUUGUUUACUAUCAUUAAAUUCGUGUUAGUAAAUCGGAAACACCAAUUUUCUAAAAUAAAUAAUAUCUAGGCGUAGAUUUAGUUGAAUAAGUAAAUUUAUUGAUCGUGCUUAAAUUCUAAUCUUUGUUUAAUUUUGAUGGAGGCGCUGUCUAAUCAAUAACAAAUUCUAGUAUUACAAUAAUGCUGUAGGUAGAGAUACGACCGGUACAUAAUUCCGAAAAGUAUUCUGUCCCCAAUAAAAUAUACACAUUUUAGAAACUCAGUCUAAAAAAAUAAAAAUAGUAUUAUGAUUGAUGUAUUAUAAAAAAAUCGAAAAUUAAUACGAUACCAUCAGAUAUGUAUGGUAAUACGAUUUGCAACUUUCCAUAAAUGCUUUCAGCCCUCAAGCAGGUGCGAAACCCAUUGCAUCUAGCUAUUAGACAGCGCCUAGUUUAAUAAAUAAUCAAGAUUGAUACUCAAGAAGAACUAGAGCACUUUGUAAUUUAAAACGAUAUUUUGACAGCUAAUAGCUCUGGAGCUCUUGAUUAUAAUAUACAAGCAUACAAGAACCAAUAUAAGGUCUUACAGUUUUUUAAAUAAUAAAAAAAAACAGCUAUUAAGUCAUACGUUUUAAAUUAAGUAAAUAAAACCAUGGAAUGUUCCUUUGUAUAGGAAUGUUUGUUAUUUUUGAUUGAAUUUUAUAGGCAAGAAAUAUCCAUGAAAAUAAGUAAUGGUGAAAAAAAAAGUUGUAAAAUGACAAAUAUUAAUGUUUUAAAGAUGAAAGGAAGAGAGUAGCAGUAAUGACAUGAAACGUUUUAUGUUAUUUGGUUUCAAAUUUCUAACUUUUCAUAUCUGGACGUAUUUUAAAUUUAUUUUUAUUUUAGAUCUCAUUAAAAACUGAUUAUAUGAAGUAGAAUGUAUAAAAACCCAUUUAGAAAAGUCAAAUUUCAUUUUGUAAGCUUUUGCGUUUCGACAACUAUAGAUUAAUUUAAAAAGUAUCCCCUUUAACUCUACCAAUAUGAUACAAUUUGGUUCCGAAAGUGUUUUUUUGUAAAUGAAUAACACAUUAAGCGCCUGAUGCGGUCAUUCUGUAUUUGUACAUAUAUUGAUCUACAGUGGAUUUGAUGAAAUCAUAUUGAUGAUAUUUAGACCAAAAAGAACAGGAGACUCGAGUGUCGCAUUAAUCAAUGCUUGUAAGGGUCUCCGACGUUAAGGUGUGAAACACUAAUAAUAUCGCGUGUUUAUGAAAUUUAACUGAUUAGCUGUGUUCCUUUAUUUCAAUCAUAUUAUUUUGUCAACUGAAAGUUGAUAUACUAUUGUGAUUUAUUCUAGAAAUAUUUUAUCAAUUAAAAUGUAUUAAGUUUAAAUUUAAUAGAUAUUUAGAAUUUAAUGAUUAACAUUACAUAACAAAUUGUAGCGUUCUUGUAAUUGUUGAAGAUUGUCUCAAUAAAUAAUUCGAAAAUA